GCUUUGUACAGCAUGAUUGGUCUGCUCAUGGAGAAUAGAUAUAAGGAGACCAAUCUGUAAUGCAUGGACUUCAACAAAAACGGUCACUUCUCUUGCCAUGGAAGAGACCGUUUUUGAGUAGUAUGGGAGGGAUAGCAGCGAAUUUAUCGUCAGCCAUAUUACUCGACAAGCCAUUACGUUUUACGGAUUCACCUCAACAUCACACUAGCAAAACUGGUUCAAAUGCACCGACACCAUGUACGAGAAGAAAAAGCACGAGCAAUGAAGAUACCUAUUCUUCGAAGGUCGCGAGGAUUGAACGAAUGCCAAUAGCCUAUAUGGGAAGUGCUCUUUCAUUUCCUGAUUAUGGAUCACCAAUGUAUAGCGUCAGCUCUCAAGAGUAUUAUCGACCUCCAGAACCUGGAUAUUUUGUAUCUUCAGAUUAUCACGACAGGAACUUCGAGUGUUCAGAAUUUCCGCAUUCUUACGACAGUCCAAACAGUAUCAUCAGUCCAGCGAGACCUAGUCCAAGAACUUACAUACACCAUCGUACCUCAUCGAACGUCUCAAAUGCGAGUACAUCCAGUCAAAGCAAUAUUAAUCCCACCUUCCGCCUCGAAGAUGAAUCAGAUUAUGCUCUCUACUCCCCUAGCCAUCACUACCGACACGGCAACUUUUCAAAUGUUACAAAUUACAGCUCGAAUCUGCUGAAUCAAGAAUACAGUCUUCAGUACCUCACUAGGCAAAAUUCUCAUGACUCAAAUCCCAAUUCACGAGAUCGAGCCAGUAAUCUAGAAGUUGUUUCGAGAUUGAGGUCUAGUUUAAGAAGGUCCACUUAUUCCUACAGUCCGUUAAAUAAGACUGUUACUAAAAUUAAUUCGGGAUCUGGGACUCUGACAAAUCCCACCCCGCCAGAUUCGCUGACUUCCGAAGAUUCGAGUUACGUAUCGGCCAACGGCAGUCAAAUUUCUGCUGGUAGAGUUCGAUUUUCACCUGUUACUAUUGACAGGGACAGUAUUUCCAUAGACAACAGAGAGACCUUAUUGGAUAUUCCAGUUCAUAUUCAAAGUCAGGAUAUUACCAUCCCAUUGCAAGUAAAUCGUAGUGUAAGCCGAAAUUGUAAACGUAGUGUCCCGGAUUUGGAAAUGGAUUCAUUGUUAUAGCACUGACUUAUCUAAGACAAGAAAGAAUGUAACUGAAGUUUUAAGAGAGAAUUCAGCAAUUUUGAAUAUCUAAAAUCAGCAAUUUCAAUUGUUUUUAAUUUCUACAUUUAGUAGCUAUAAAUUUAAUUCCAGUUCUAUACUCGAACUGUCAAGGGUUCAAUCAAUUUACUAUAACUUUAUGUUUCUGACAGCGUCUUAAUCUGCUAAACAGACGUAAAAGUUGUAAUUUUUUAAAUUUCAAUUACGAUGUUUGAAAGUGACAUAAGACGGAAAUGAGGCGAAGUUAGAGGAGAGUGAAGAUAAUUCUGCGUAAACUCUGGCAUGUUAUCCUGUCAUACAUUGAAAGGGAAAAGAUUUUUCAAACCGGCCGUGAAUCCAUUGAUUCAAUAUUUUAAAAUUUAAACCUGGAAACUAUAAGUACCAGGACAUAGCUGGCUUUUUGUUUUUAUCUUAAGUUUAUAUAUAUAAUCAAGAGCAUCAUAUGAUAUACCUUACCAAAAAAAAGCCACUUGCGAAUGAAUUAUUUCUCGAAGCCUUUGAAUUUUCGUGCUGCAAACAUUCCAAGUAAACAGACAAACAUAUUUCAGGCAAUAUGUGUAACAAGAUUAAUGGAUUAGACCACAGCUGCGCAGCAAGUAGAAAAUUCGAAAAAUCCAGAUGUGAUAUCAUCGCUACCAUUUACUGCAAAAUGUUUGUAUUAGCUGCCGCAUUAACGCUAGUUGAGUAGUGCUACGAUCCGUUUAAUAUAGCUGCUACUCGAUCUUAGGCGAACAGCGACCCCAUGUGGGAGAGCAGCGGUCUCACAAAAUAGGAGCAACAUGCCAACGUCGAAAAGCUCCUCGACCAAUUUGAGAGAGAAACUACACCCAAGUUGAUGGACGCACUGUCCUCUGUACAUGUGGCGCAGCAGCAAGUGUCCCAGCUUGUAGAUCAACUUACCCAGAAAUUUGUCAGUAUUCUUGCUGAUCAACUAGAAUCGACGUCACUUAUGUAAGACUGGACCACUCCUUUGACUUUUCGAACCACUCUCCUUCUAUGCAGGUUUCAAUAAGGCCUUUCUCAACCAACUAAGGUUGUUGCAAGAAACGUAAUUGGAGAUAAAAGAAAAGCAGAGCUUAGAAACAAUAAGCUUCAGAAUUUUGAGAAGGAAUUUAACAAUCAAAGCAAUAUACCCAUCAUAAUUGGAAACGAGUCGUUGAAAGACCGAAUGACCAUUAUUCCCCGCUCUAGAUUAGACGCUCUGACGAACAGGAGUUUAAACUGCAAGGCUGUUGGAAAACAUUCUAAUAAUCGCAUCGUUUUUUCUUCAUCAAAGAAAUUUUGCUACUCAAAAAAAGUAGAAACUACCAUGGAAAAGGUCUGUGAUUCAUUUAUAAUUUUCAAUUCCUCUCGGUUUUCUAGGUACGAAGGGUUUAAAGUAUGCAAAAUUCUGUACACACGACAGCUGCUCAGUGGCCAUUCAAAAAGUACGUCACAAGGGAGAUUACCAACAAGCAACAAUUGUCUUUACGCAAGUGUAUCAUACGUUAUUUUUCGCAACAAUUGUCCGAGGAUAAUCCAUUUUUGACUGAAAAUUAAUCACUUUUAGUUGAAAAUUCAACUCUUAAAUUUGCAAUUUAGAAUUCAUCUUUUUUAAGUGAAAAUUUAACUACUUCAUUAAGAGUUGAUUUUUUAGAAAUUCAGGGAUUUUAGAUUAGCAUUUAGAUACAUGCAGGGUGUGGAGAAUGGAUUAACAAAAAUGCGUAAGAUAGAGAGAGGCACCGAUUGAACAUGACUGAAAAGAAAUUUCUUAGAGCCAUGGCAAGGUUAAUUUUCACUGUCUCCGUUUUGAAGACUUCGAGCGUCACGGGGCAACUUUCUGAUGUGAAGAAAAGAAAAGAUCCAGAUGGUAAGCCGGAACCGGCUCAAAAUGGAUGACUGCUUCAAUGUGUCAAAAAAAUGAUUCAUCAGGAGAGGAAUAUAAUGGAGAUGAAGAUAAAGAUCUAGAAGGGAACAGAAAAGAUGUCAAUGAAGACAGUGCUACUGAAGAACAAGAAGAAGUGUAGUGAAAGCAAAUAAAAAAAUAACAAAGACAGUCACAGCGGAGAAAACGAUGAAAAGGAAAACAGUGACAGCGAAGAGGAUAGUGAUAUUGAAAAAGAAGAAAAUGCGGCUAAUGAAUAUGGUGAUGUAGAGGUAGAAGAGAAUAAACAUGCUAAGAUUAUUUUUUAGUCUGAUAUCGAAAAAUUUGAA